AUUGUUUCAGUGACGAAGCAACACUACCUCGGGUGUCUCUUAGACAAUCGAAAUGACUGAACAGUUAGAAAUAUCGUCUCCAAACGAUUCCGAGAACAAUCGGAAAAGGAAAAGACUCACUGUAUUGGUCUUGCUAAUAUUUCUGGGAAGUCUUUGCGUUGUUCUGUCGUUGAUGUUGAUUCUCACGUUUGUACUUUGUCUUCAUUGUCCUGACUGUGACUCGAAUUACAAACAAGGAACUUCAGGAUCUGAGGAGAAACUUACAACUCAACAGAGCUUGGUCCAUUUUAUACAUCUCACAGAUGUCAACUUAGAUCUGAAGUACAACAGCUCCAUUCCAAAGCGUGACAUGUGUCGCGCAGCAAACGGAUCCAUCAAAACAGCUGAGUUUAAAGCUCCUUUGGGUAGAAUUGGGUGUGACACUCCACUAUUGUUGCUGGAAAGCAGCUUAGAAGCGAUAAAGAACGCUACAGAAGGCACAAAGCUGAAUUUCAUACUGAUCUCAGGAGACUUCUCUGCACAUGAAGUUGAUGUUGAUGAACAGCACAUUCUCGAAGCCAUGAUCAGGACAGCGAAUGAGACACAUGCAGUUUUUCCUGAUAUUCCUGUGUUUCCUGUCAUUGGUUUACAUGAUUAUCUGGUACCACUCACUUUACCGAACACCAGUGAUUGGUACAACUCUGUUUUGUCUCCAUGGGAACCGUUAAUGAUUUAUGAUGGCAGCGCAGGCGAUGCAAGCAAAUCUACAUUUAGUAACACGUUAAGAGAAACCUUCCUUGAGGGCGGUUACUACAAUGCAAGCAUUGCAGAUGGGAGAAUGAUUUUAAUUGUAUUGAAUACCAUAUACUGGCACUACAAAAGCAACCAAGACAAUCUUCAAGUUCGUAAAACUGCGUUAAGUCAGUUGUCGUGGUUAGAAAGUCAACUCGAGUCUGCUGAAGGACAAGGGAAGAGAGUACUGAUAGCAAGUCACAUUCCACCAGGAGUGGAUGUUGACGACCAUGAGCCAUUUUGGUUGCCCAGUUUUACUAAACGAUACAUGGAUCUGGUUGGUGGAAGGUAUCACAAAGUGAUAGCUGGUCAGCUAUUUGGUCACGUGCACAAAGACGACUUCAGACUUCAGACUCUGGAAUCAAACUCUGACUCUGUCUCUAAUGACGCAAGGAAGUCUUUUGCAUUGAUCGCUCCCUCUCUUAGUCCAGAUUACAAGAGUAAUCCAGCCUUCCGUGUGAUGAUAUUAGAUGAACAAUCAAUGUCUCUUUAUGACUACAAUCAAUACUACAUUGACCUCGACUCGACCAAAGUGUCCUCCACUCCUGUGUGGCGGUUGGAUUACACAUUCAGCAAGAAAUACCCCUUGUUUGCAAAUAAGUCUAUAGAUGCCGAUCGAAUCUAUAAACUAACCGAGGCUUUAAUAAAUAACGAGAAUAAUAUGUUCUGGAAAGCUUACGCAUUUUCACGACAAGUUAAUUACUGGCCCGAUUAUUAUCCAAGGGCAGUUCUUUAUUGUUCCAUGCGCUACGUUUUUAAAAACGAUUAUGAGAAGUGUCUCUUAAGAAUGCAUUUUGAGGCAGGAGCACUACUAAGUUCGCGAAGAUCUCGAAAAUGAAAUCGUUUUAUCGAUAAGGAAUCAGUAAACAGAAUGCUUUAUUUCAGUUCCCUUUGCAGAUGUUUGGCUCAAAACACAACUGGCGUUGAAGCGGAUUCCCUUAGCAAAACAAAACGAGGUUUACAUGUAUUUGCACUCUUGUUAUCUGCAUGUGCUACAAGAAUAAACGAAGAAAGAAGUUAAGUCCAUCGGGUAUCGUAGUAUCAUACGCAUAUCAUUUACUUGGCAUCAGAGAAAGUGGAGCGACACCACACCUUCACCAGAUUAUUAUCAGCCAUACAAUUUCCAAAUGGGUCGUAGGAUUCUUUGACUGAGCUGUGACGGGAUUUUAUUUUAUUUCAUGUAUUUAUCAUUUGGCUUUAUUAUAUAUUAAAAGGGGAACAAAGUUAAUUUGCAUAGAUAAUACAUAAAAAAUAGAAAAUAGCAAAGGGGAAAGGCGAGGAAGUCUCAAGAAGCCAUGAAGACUUACACGUGAGGCUCCCUCUUUAAAUUAGAGUUGAAUUUACCUUUUAUGUAGAGCGUAAUUUAACAAGUCACCUCGCUAUAAAAUUCAUUCGAUAUUUGGCAAAUUAAUUAAAUAGGAUUCAAGU